GCUCUCCGGAUUCGCUGGAGUGGCCAGUUGGCCAGUUGGUCAGUUGGUGCAACGACGCAGCAUGGGCAAUGUGAGAAAUAUCGAACGGCAGUUGGUGGCGCUGGGCGUGCUGUGGAUUCUGGGACUCCAAGGAGUCAGAUCGGAGUAUGGCGAGCUGGCCGGCGAUUGGCUGGUGGAUUUCGGUCGAGAUGAGCUUGAGAUUGGGGAGGAUUCGAUGUGGAGAGUCGACUUGCAGAUAUACAAUGUGAUACCCAAGGACUCGUCGCUGGACUACCACUUUGUGGUGUACUCCAAGGACGAACGAAGGGCAACGGCGCCAACGCUGAAGAUCAAGAAGGAGGAUUUCGAUCUCCUGGGCAGCUGGCGGGGAGCGCUGUAUGUGAGUGGCGUUCGCUUUGGAUACAGUUCGCUGGAGGUGGAACUGCAGUACGGCGCAGUGACGGAGGUCUAUCCCAAUCCGCUGCCAAUUACCGUGCUUAGAACACAAGUGGUGGACGAACGGGUGACCACCUAUGUGUCCGCCGCCCUGGCACUGCUGAUGUUCCUCAAUCUGGGCACCGUAUUGGAUAUGCAACGGCUGGCGGGGAUCAUCUGUCGACCGGUGGGUCCGGUGGUGGGUGUGGUCAGUCGAUUUGUACUGAUGCCCGCCUUGGGAUUCGGACUGGGUCGUGCUCUGUGGCCAGGUAGUUGGCCACUCCAGCUGGCCUUGUUCUACACGGCACUGGCGCCCAGUGGAGGAUUGGCCAAUGUGUGCGCCGUCUUUCUCAAGGGAAAUAUCAAUCUUUCGGUGGCCACCACCACGAUCAAUAGCCUGCUGGCCCUGGCCUUGCUGCCCAUUUGGAUACUGGUGCUGGGCCGCAUACUCUACGAGGACGAUCAGCUAACUGUGCCGUUUGGCCAGCUCUCCGGCGGAGCAGCUGCCCUGGUGGCCUGUCUGGCCAUCGGCGUUCUGCUGCGACUCUGCGUUCCGCGCACCACUAGGUUCAUCUUCCGCUUCCUGAAGCCACUGUCCGUCGUGCUCAGCUUGUGUCUCGUCGGCCUGACGGUGGGUCUCAACGCGUUCGUCUUCGACGAGUUCACCUGGCAGGUUCUUGUGGCUGCCGUCUGUCUGCCCCUCGCCGGCUACCUUUCCACCUAUCUGCUGGCCAAGAUCCUCUGCCGUUCGCCCACCGACGCGCUUACCUUGUCCAUCGAGGCCAGCGUGCUGAACAUGACCAUGCCCAUUGUGCUGCUGCAGUCCAGUCAGCUGCAGCAGCCGCAACUGGAUCUCGUCCUGGUCGUGCCCAUUGCCUCCGCGCUCAUCUCCCUCGUCCUGGUCGUCCUGUACUAUGGCAUUAGGCGAUGCCUGGGCUGCAAUAGGCAACAGGAUGCGGAUGGCUUUGAUCACAAGAAGCUGAUCGCAGAGCAAGAAGCUGACGUCUAAGCCAGAGGUUAACAUAAUUUUUUUUUUCCCCGUAACCUAAUGAAACAAGUUUUAUAUAUUUCAUUUGUAUUUAUAGAUUUAACGAUUUAAGCUUAGGAUUGCAAAUAUAUUAAAUAUUACAUA